AUUAAUACCAUAGACUCCAUAGCUGUAAAGCUUGCAAACGAUGUCGCUUCAUCCUUCUUCUUCAUCCUCACUUCUCUUCUUCCUUCUCUUCUUCUUCUUGAACCCCUUUUUCUCUUCUUCACAAAAAAUCCUCUCAUCAUUCAAUUCCAAAUCCCCUCCUUGGAAUCCAACCCAAAACCAAAUCCUACUUUCACCCAACUCCACUUUCGCUGCUGGGUUUCUUCAAUCUUCCCAAAAUUCCUUCAAUUUCUCCAUUUGGUACUACAAAAUCCCAGUCAAAACCGUUGUUUGGUCAGCUAACCCAAAUUCCCCACUUAAUUCCUCAGCUACCCUUUUCAUUUCUUCCUCCGGUGAACUCAAGCUAACCCCAUCUACAUCUUCCUCAGCUCCAAAUUUAUGGCCUUCAAUUAUUCGAAACACCUCCUCUGUUCUUUUCCUACAAGAAGAUGGAAGCUUGGUUUAUGCAAACUGGAACAGUUUCUUGAACCCAACUGAUACUUAUCUUCCGACCCAGAACAUCACCGGAACAAAUUUAACUUCCGGUAAUGGAAAAUUCCAGUUUGAUGGAUCGAAUUUGAAUACCCUUUUCUUCGAUGAAAAUGAUAGUUAUUUCACUUUUCCCCAAAAUGCCCUUCAGAGGUUGGAGGAAACAGGGGAAGUUACUCAAGUUAAUGGAAGAUUUUUUUCGUCGGAUUUCGGGGAGAAAGGGAAACUGAGAAGGAUGAAAUUGGAUGAAGAUGGGAAUAUGAGAAUCUAUAGUUUUGAUCUUAGUUCAAGUUUAGCUGAAAAUUGGACAAUUGUUUGGGAAGCAGUUAAUCAAUUAUGUACAAUACAUGGUACUUGUGGUACAAACUCUAUAUGCUUGUAUGAUACUUCUACAACUCAAACUUCUUGUGUUUGUCCACCUGGUUUUAGGAAAGACGCUAGUAAAUCUUGUGUGAGGAAAAUUCCAUUGAUGACGAAGGAUUCGAAGGCUAGUAAGUAUUUACCUCUUGAUUUUGUUAGUUUUACUGGUGUGGGUAACCAAACAGACCUUAAAGCUUUGAGCUUUUCGAGUUGUGAAAAGAAUUGUUCAGAUAAGAAUGAUUGUUUAGGUUUUUUGUUUAAGUAUGAUGGGACUGGAUAUUGUGUGCUUGUUUUGGAGAAAUUGUUGUAUGGAUAUUGGUCACCAGGUACUGAGUUUGUUAUGUAUUUGAGAGUUGAUAGUAAAGAGAACGAUAUAUCGAAUUUCACAGGGCUGACUAGUUUGAUGGAGACUUCAUGUCCAGUGAGAAUUAGCCUUCCAUUUCCACCAGAAGAGUCUAAGACAACCACUAGAAAUAUUGUGAUCAUUUCGACGAUUUUUGCAGCUGAGUUGAUUAGUGGAGUGUUCUUCUUUUGGGCAUUUCUCAAGAAGUAUAUUAAGUAUAGGGAUAUGGCUAGGACUUUUGGUCUUGAAGUCAUGCCUGCGAUUGGACCGAAAAGGUUUAGCUUUUCUGAGAUCAAGAAUGCAACUAAUGAUUUCACUGAUAAAAUUGGGAGGGGUGGAUUUGGAGAUGUUUACAAAGGGAAGUUGAGUGAUGGACGUGUUGUUGCCGUGAAGUGCUUGAAGAAUGUAAAAGGUGGUGAUGCUGAGUUCUGGGCUGAGGUCACGAUCAUAGCACGUAUGCACCAUUUGAAUUUGGUGAGGUUGUGGGGGUUUUGUGCUGAGAAGGGUAGAAGGAUACUUGUGUAUGAGUAUGUACCUAAUGGUUCAUUGGGUGAAUUCCUCUUCCAAAAGUCUCAGAUCCAGUCACCAGAUGGACAGAAACCUAUACUCGAUUGGAAUAUAAGGUACAGGAUUGCGCUUGGUGUGGCACGAGCAAUUGCCUAUCUACACGAAGAGUGUUUGGAAUGGGUAUUGCAUUGUGAUAUCAAGCCUGAAAAUAUUCUCUUAGGCGAUGAUUUCUGCCCAAAGGUAUCUGAUUUUGGGCUAGCUAAGCUAAAGAAGAAAGAGGAGAUGAUGACCAUGUCAAGAUUUCGAGGCACACCAGGAUAUGUAGCACCAGAAUGGACCAAGGCUGAUCCAAUUACUCCAAAAGCCGAUGUGUACAGCUUCGGAUUGGUGCUGUUGGAGAUAGUUUCAGGUACAAGGAACUUUGAGCAUCAUAACUCAAAGGUGGAAAGUGAUCAAUGGUUUUUCCCUGCUUGGGCAUUUGAUAAGGUGUUUAAGGAUAUGAAUGUUGACGAUAUUUUGGACCCUCAAAUCAAACAAUCGUAUGAUUCAAGGGCACACUUUGACUUAGUGAACAGGAUGGUGAAGACAGCAAUGUGGUGCAUCCAAGAUCAGCCAGAUGCACGACCAUCAAUGGGGAAAGUGGCUAAGAUGUUGGAAGGGACAGUGGAGAUCAUCGAGCCAAAGAAGCCUACCAUUUUCUUCUUAUCAGAGGAAUAAUAUAUGGCUCAAUCCUCUUCAUAAUUUCCUCAUAAUGCUGUCUCAACAAGCUGCAGUAAGCAUGUAUUCCAUGUUGUUUUGUAUUGUAAUAAAAGAGAGUAGAUAGGAAUUUGGAUCAUGUUGUGUUUUGUCUGUUUUUUUUCCAGUUUUGUAAUCUCGUGUUGUAGUUGUAAAGUACAUUUUGAUCAAUGAAGAAGCAAAUGGU